GUUUUUGUUUCCUGGAGUUUGCGUGUUUGCGUGGAGUGGAAGGCGACGGAGUGUUUGUGGGAAGAGAUUUCCACAAACGGAGCUGAACCCGCCCUGAAAACCCUUCCUCAGGGGGGAAGACUUCCUCUCUUUCUCUCUCUCUCUGCUGCUGCGUCCACAUGAAAAAUCACAGCGUGACCGUCCACGCAGCCACAGCUCCACGCGCAGUCUUCGUGCCGUGAUCGGCGCUCGUGGACACACGGCGCGGCGGAUCCACGGGCAUCAUGAGAGGAGUGGAUGAGAAGACAGAGGGUUCAUAACCGUCCACGCAUCCGCUCCGCCGCUCGUGCUGGACACUUCCCACCCAGGCUGGAUCCAGGACAUGGCGCACCCGCAGGGCAUACUGCUCUGCGUGGGCCUGUUGCUGGUGACCGUGGGGGUGGUGAUCGCGAUGUGCUCGGGCAUGUACCAGCAGACCUACCUGCUCUUUGGACUGGGGGUCUUUCUGGGUCUGGGGGGCACGGGCCUGCUGGUCGCUGCGCUCUGCAUGGUCAUGAAGAACCUCCACGUCUCCGUCCCCGGACACUUCCUCCUGCACCCACGCACGGGCACGCGCUUCAGCCCACGCCAGGCACUCGCCAUUCAAAGGAGAUUGGAUAGAAUUCGCCGGGAGAUGUCAACAGACUCUGUGAGCAGGAGACCAGAGCCUGAAUCCUACCUUCCGUCCACGCCGCCGCCCUGGACGAUGGAGCCUCCUCCGUCCUACGAUAUGGUGAUGAAGAACCAGGAGCACCACGACCAACUGUAACCUCUCCCCUCUGUUGCAGCUCUUGCCCUCUUGUCAGUGCCUUGUCUGGGUCAGAGCCUCAGGCCAACACUCGGUGCUAAACCAGAAAUAAAAUGGGCAUCCAGCAGCGGGAACUGACUGCUUCCGCUUCCAGACUCAUUGAGCGCCAGUGUGGCCUCCAGAAACCAUGUUCACCGCAAAGACGAUCAUCAUGAAGACCACAACUUUUCUUCACUCUCUGUGCUAAGGGUCUUUUUUAAGAGCAGCAUUAUGUAACUUUAACCACAGAGUCAGAGGAUUAGUGUGAUCAGAAGGGCUGCAGACAGCAGGUUUGGGUUUUAUUCAGGCCUCCUUAGAUCUGUAUGUGACUUACUACUGUGGUUGUGAAGCACAAUGAGAAGUUUCCACACAACUUCAAAGUGCCUUAUCCAUUGACAGCAGAAUGUUAACACUUUGUUCAUAUUUUGGAUGUGUAGCUGAUGUUUGUAGGAAUGUCUAGUGUAAGAAUGGUGUUGUGAUAGGAAUAUAAACCCGAGUUAAUGAAUAGCUACAGCGCUCCCUGUGGGUGGUAUUAUGAUGGCAGUUAUGUGUUAAAGGUAAAGAAGAGAAAUGUCUUUUUGUGCAAAAGUCAUAUCUAAAGCAUGCAAAUAUGUACUCAUGAUGUUAAAAGUAGCAUGUGACGUUAUGGGGCACUGAAAAGGGGGUAUCUCAAGCACUUAGUGGUGUCCCCUGUUUCCAACAUUUUAUUCAGAGGGGUCAAAUUACACACAUAAAAAAAAGUGUCUUGACGUUUCAUUAUCACUGAAAAAAGAACCAACUUUAAAAGUUGCUUCAAUUGGUAACACCUGAAUGAAUUAAGUUUUUUAAACUCAAGUUAAUUAGUUAGUUCAACUCUAACUUAAAAACUUAAGCUGAAUGAAUGAAUGAAUUUAUUUAUUCGGCACACAAAUUAACAAUAAGAAAAACUCAUAACAAAACAACUCAACAACGUACCCAUGUGACCGAAAGGGUGUGGACAGAAGCAAAGCUUAUAAAUCCCCACCCCUUAUAUUCUAAAAAUAAGAAAUACACACAUAAUCACAGAUACAUAAAUA